CAGGAACAGGAAGUACUACUAUGUAGUCCUCAGCAUAGAGGGUUUUCAUUCAGUCUGAGACAGUCAGGACUGAGACGACAUGGAGGUCACAUCACUUUGUAUUGAACUGAUGCUGCUCACUCUUCUGAACACUUACUCUGCUCAGACAAACGAUGAUGCUUUCCCUCAUAUUGAACCAAACAGACUUCAGUUCUUUGAGUAUAAAUCCAUACAAUUAGAUUGUAAGAGAUUUACUGGCUCUACUGAAUGGAGGGUGAUGGGAAACACUUCGUCAUCAGGAGCGUCUCGAUGGGAGGAUUCAACGACAUCCAAAAAUAUCAAACCUACUUUUGUGAGACAAAGUGGAGAGUACUGGUGUCAGAACGGAGAAGGAGAGAGAAGCAGAUCUCUCAACAUAUCUAUUGUUCAAGGUAAUGUGAUCCUGGAGAGUCCUGUUCUCCCUGUGAUGGAGGGACAGACUGUCACUCUGCGCUGCAGGAAAAAGACACCACCCCACGACCUAACAGCUGAUUUCUAUAAAGAUGGACAUCCCAUAGGAAGUAGAUUUAAAGGAACAAUGACCAUUGACAAUGUCUCUAAGUCUGAUGAAGGACUCUACAAUUGCAUGAUUCCGGGACAUGGUAAAUCACCAAAUAGCCGUCUGGCUGUCAGAGAACGUUAUAAUUCAUCCACUGAAGAAAUUCAAGAGAGCACAGAGACUCCUGGCUCCCCUCGUCUCUACAACCUCUUACUAACUGUGUUCAUCAUUGAAACUGUGGCUGUCCUGCUGCUGGUGAUAGGACUGCUUUACUAUGGAGAACGAAGCGUCUCUGGGGAGAGAGGUGAUGAUGUUAUGAGUAUGGUGACAUAUUCGGCUCUCACAGAAGAUCUGAAGAAAAAAGGUCAGUGAGAGCAGAGACACCCUCAUGGAAGCAGCUUUAAACUGGGAUAUUUUACAAAUGUUAAAUUAGGAAGAAACAACCAAAGUUCUGCAGAUCUUAUGUCAGCUUUUAAACACUUAUCACCUUUUCACUGUUGGAGCAGUAUUUAGUUGAACGUGUGAAUGCUGUUACUACUGAAAUAUACUGACAUUUCUAUCUGGUCUGUCAGCAGUUUAAAGCAUUAAAUAAGACCUGAUCAUAGCUAUAAUAAUUACACUGAGUCUAAGAGCCUCUGCUUUAGAGCAGCAUCAGGGUCUAUUUCUGAGAGAUGAUGGUAGACUUGUUAAACCUCAGUGUUUCUUACGUGUGUUCUCACAGGUGUUUGAACAAAAGAGCUGCUGCAGCUUUUAAAUACAUCCCUGUGGUCAUGGCUCUGUUCCAGCAGUUUCAUAUGAAGCAGUCGGUGCAACAGAUGUUCAAAUGUGCUUUCCACAUCUACCCCAAAGAUGUUGCAUUUUGAAAAUAAGAACCUGACAGGAACUCAUCUCAGAAUAACAAAAUGUGUAACUUUGUUAGCUCGGAGGCUGAUCCUUCUUCAGUGGAAAUCCUCUCACUCCCCGAGCUGGACUCAUUGGCUGAGAGAUGUGAUGCAACACCUAAAACUUGAAAAACUGAGAUUCACAAUACAGAAUUCCUCUGAUAAGUUUGAGAGAACAUGGAAACCUUUUGUAGACUACAUUAGCGACAAGCUUGAUACCCCACUAAGCUGAAAAAUCUAGAGAUAAGUCACACCCAUUAUAGAACUCUGCUGCCACUGUUAGAGCCCAUCACUGAGAGUGAAGUUUUAAUUGAUUAACUUCAUUAUUGUUGGGUUAUCUUUCUGUUUAGUUUUUCAGAACUGCCAUAUUGUUGUAAUUUCUUUGUUUGUUUU